AUGAAGCACAGAGAUGCCUGCAGCAGCACAGUCUGCUCUAAGGCAGUCAUGGAAGAAUGGAAAGCAGAUGGGAAAGAGGACCUAGCCUUGUUUGCCAGCACCCCCUGGUCCGGGAAGGCUGUUUCCCUUCUGGCUUGUCCGGACCUGGAGCUGUCACUGGAGCAUGAAGGACUGGAGACAGUGACACUGCACUGGUGCCAUCCAAGGGCCUCCAUCCCCAGCAGAGGCCUUAGACUGGGGGCCGCCCUGUCCCUUUGUCUUGCAACCUGGCUAUACCUCCAAGCCUGGCCAAACCUUGUGUUUGAAGGAGAUGCCCUGACUCUGUGAUGUCAGGGAUGGAAGAAUACACCACUGUCUCAGGUGAAGUUCUACAGAGAUGGAAAAUUCCUUCAUUUCUCUAAGGAAAACCAGACUCUGUCCAUGGGAGCAGCAACAGUGCAGAGCAGUGGCCAGUACAGCUGCACUGGGCAGGUGAUGUAUAUUCCACAGAUAUUCACACUAACUUCAGAAACUGCCAUGGUUCAAGUCCAAGAGCUGUUCCCACCUCCUGUGCUGAGUGCCACCCCCUCUCCUGAGCCCCGAGAGGGUAGCCUGGUGACCCUGAGAUGUCAGACAAAGCUGCAUCCCCUGAGGUCAGCCUCAAGGCUCCUCUUCUCUUUCCACAAGGAUGGCCAUACCUUGCAGAACAGGGGCCCUCACCUAGAACUCUGCAUCCCAGGAGUCAAAGAGGGAUACUCUGGACUUUACUGGUGUGAGAUGGCCCCCGAGGGUGGCCAGGUCCAGAAGCAGAGCCCCCAGCUGGAGGUCAGAGUGCAGGCUCCUGUGUCCCGUCCUGCGCUCACUCUGUACCACGGGUCUGCUGACCCUGCUGUGGGAGACGUGGUGCAGCUCCUCUGUGAGGCCCAGAGGGGCUCCCCUCCAAUCCUGUACUUGUUCUACCUCAAUGGAGAGAUCUUGGGGAUCUCUCCUGGGAAUCACUUGGCUCCCCAUGGAGCUGUUUCCCCCUUGUUUCCAGUGAAGUCAGAGCAGGAUGCUGGGAUCCCGUCCUGCAAGGCUGAGAACAGCAUCUCCAGAGAGAAGAGUGAGCCCAAAAGGUCUCCCUUGUUGAUGCAUCUUGUCUUCUAA